GCACCAUUCCUUUCUCAGCUUUCUAUCCACAAGCUCUGCCAAAUUUCUUCUAUCUUCACCAUUCUUAGCCAAUCCAAAAUCUCCCCAUUACCGUUCCCACAAUGACCAGAAAAACAAAUUUAAAAACAGAAACAAUCAGGUUAAAGCUUGAGACGCCAUACUAACAUCUCUCACUGAGAAUCUGGCAUUGAUUUUUGCUGCCAAUACUGUCUAAUCCAAAUGGAAAUUGAUUGCCUUUAGCAGCAACAUUCAACAGUUGUUUCAGUGUACUGAAUCUUUGAAGAAAUUGCAUUAUCAUCUAGCUACUCCAAUGUUGAACCCUUCUCUGUCUUUAUCCAGAAGAACCCACCAUUUCCCACUUUUCAAGAAUCAAAUUUUGGGCUCUUGUGGAUUUUCUUCAAGGAAGAGUGCUUUCCUUAGGGGACAAUUUCAUAGCAGACACUUUUUCUCCUUCAAGCUUAACCCAAAUCCAAGGAAAUUUGCAGGACUUGUGGUUUCACCAAGUUGUGUCCUUCCAUUAACUGAAGAAAAUGUUGAGAAGGUUUUGGAUGAGGUUCGGCCUGGCUUGAUGGCUGAUGGAGGCAAUGUAGUUUUACAUGAGAUAGAUGGUCUUGUUGUAGUGUUAAAGCUACAAGGAGCAUGUGGAUCAUGUCCAAGUUCUACAAUGACACUAAAGAUGGGAAUCGAAACUCGGCUACGGGAUAAAAUACCAGAAAUCAUGUCUGUGGAGCAGAUUGUGGAUACUGAAACAGGACUGGAGCUAAAUGAGGAAAAUGUUGAAAAGGUUCUUGCUGAGAUUAGACCAUACCUGGCUGGGACAGGAGGUGGAGUUCUUGAACUUGUUCAAAUCAAUGAUUAUGUCGUCAAGGUUAGGCUCAGUGGGCCUGCAGCUGAAGUUAUGACUGUUCGAGUUGCUCUGAUACAAAAGUUGAGAGAUAAGAUACCUGCCAUUGCAGCUGUACAGCUGAUAGAUUGACAAAGGAAUGGUGAGAAUUAUGAAAGGAAAAAUAGAAAGCUAUAGAAUCUUAUGUUAAGAGUAUUCAUAUUCUUUAUUGAAGAGUUUGAUUUUGGCUGUAAGAUAAAUUUCUAACCUGGAAAAUUGUUUGAGUCCUGAUAGAAUAUAGUACUUGUUAUUAUGCCUCAGUUGAUGAAAUAAUUUCAUAUUUGUUGAAAACUUUCCUGGGAAUGGUAUUUGAUGGAAUUUUUAUAUAACUAUUAGAAGGAGAUCAUUUAUUUGUGGUGAUGUAA